UUGUGAUUGGUCGUCCGAGGCCCCAACCCGGAAACUGCCGGCGAAAGAGACGCGUCGCCAGUGCCCCAGAAGAUGGCGGGGGUGUUUGAGGUGGAGGUUGACGGUGUUGAACACGAUCACGGACACGGACACGGACACCACGAUGAGGCUCAGCAGAUUGAUUUGUCCCAGCUCUCUGCGGAAGAGAAAUGGCGGCUGGAGCACGCGCGGAUGCACGCCAAGCACAAGGGGCACGAGGCCAUGCACGCGGAGAUGGUCCUCAUCCUCAUCGUCACGCUCGUCAUCGCCCAGCUGCUCCUGGUGCAGUGGAAACAGAGACACCCGCGAUCCUACAACUUGGUGACUCUGUUCCAGAUGUGGGUCGUCCCGCUCUACUUCACCACCAAGCUGCACUGGUGGCGGUUCCUCAUCACGUGGUUCGUCUUCUCCGCCGUCACAGCGCUGGUCACCUUCCGGGCCACGCGGAAGCCCUUGGACUGCACCACGCCCAGGCUGGUUUACAAGUGGUUCCUCCUGCUGUACAAGCUGAGCUACACCACGGGGAUUGUGGGAUACAGCGUGGUCAUGUUCACCUUGUUCGGCAUCAAUUUGAUAUUCAGGAUAAAGCCGGAGGACGCCAUGGACUUCGGCGUGUCCCUGCUCUUCUACGGCCUGUACUACGGCGUCCUGGGCCGGGACUUCGCCGAAAUGUGCGCCGACUUCAUGGCCUCGACGGUGGGGUAUUACAGUGCGUCUGGAAUGCCGACCAAGCAUCUGUCGGAUAACAUCUGUGCGGUGUGUGGUCAGGCCAUCCUGGUGGACGUCAGCGAGGAGGGAAUCAUCGAGAACACCUACAGACUGUCCUGCAACCACGUAUUCCACGAGUUCUGCAUACGAGGCUGGUGCAUCGUGGGUAAGAAGCAGACGUGCCCCUACUGCAAAGAGAAGGUGGACCUGAAGAGGAUGUUCAGCAACCCAUGGGAGAGGCCUCACGUGAUGUACGGACAGCUGCUGGACUGGUUACGUUACCUUGUUGCCUGGCAACCUGUGAUCAUCGGUGUGGUGCAAGGGAUCAACUACAUCCUGGGCCUGGAGUGAACACACCCCCCCCCUGCCCCCCC